AUGGAAAGGCUAUGGAAUUUGAUGAAGAUAAGUAGUUAUAAGUUUGUUGAUAAGAAGCAGAACAGAGCAUGUACAGUUUGGAUUCCUCCCAAAGCGGGAAGCUUGAAGGUAAAUUUUGAUGGGGCCAACGGCGGCAAUCCUAGUAAAUUGGGUUAUGGCGCUAUUAUUAGGGAUGAAUUUGGCAAUUUUGUUGGAGCAAACUUUGGUCCAUUAGGAGUCACUUCAAACAAUAUGGCAGAAAUUGCAGGGCUAUUAGCUGGAUUGGAAUGGAGUGCGGGCCGAGGAUUCCGUUCCCUAGAAAUAGAAGGUGAUUCCCUUAUUGUUUUGAAUGGGAUAAUAAAUCAGAAGUUUGAGAACUGGAAAUUGGAGGCGAGCCGUCCCAAGAUUCAGGGAUUAUGCGAUAGCCUAGACAGAUAUUCUCUUAAACACAUAUAUCGAGAGGGUAACUCGGCGGCGGAUUGGUUGGCAAACCGUGGAAUUGAGUGUGAAGUACCUACUCAGUUGUCUCAGGUUAAGGAAUUACCGGAUGGUCUAAUUUCAGUCCUUGCGGCAGACAAAGUCGGGAUUCCUAGAACCGAAAUCGGAUAG